AUGAUUCCAACCAAAGUAUUCAAAAUAAGAAAUUAUGAAGUAUACAGAAAAGACAGAGAACAAGGUAGAGGAGGAGGUACAGCCGUCUUAGUGAAAAGAGGAAUUGUACACCACGAACUACCAGAAGUCCAAACUGCAAAUAUCGAAGAAACAGGGGUGAGUGUUAAAACGAAGGCAGGUGAAAUAAACAUUUACUCUGUGUACCGUUCCCCGAACAAUGGAUUAGAAGAAGCCGAUGUAAAGAACUUCUUCCGAACUAAAAAACCUACGAUAAUCGCGGGAGAUUUAAAUGCGAAGCAUCCUGAUUGGAAUAGCAGGAAGACAAAUCCCCAAGGAACCAAACUGAGAGCCAUAGCAGACAAAUACAAUCUGCUAGUACUAGGCCCAGAAGAUCCCACUCAUAUCCACGAAACCACAGGUACUAUGGACGUACUGGAUAUAGCACUAAUGAAAAAUGUAUCAGCGAAUUACGAUAUAGAAACUAAGAUGGAUCUCUCAUCGUAUCACAGCCCAGUGAUCUUGACAUUAGAAAUCAGAACAGACAGAUUACCCACAGACCGAAAAACAAUUAAUUGGGCAAAAUUUAACGAAAUAAUUCAAAUAAAACGUGUUAAUAUAGAAAGCAAAGAACAGGUAGACGAAGCAAUCGAGGAUCUAGAAAAAAGAAUGAUCGAAGCUGAAGUACAGUCCACUAAGAUCAAAAAAAUACCGAAGAAGAGACCGCUACCUCUAGACGUGAGAAUUUUGUUAGAGGAGAAGAAAAAGGCGAAGAAACAGUAUAGACGCACAUUAAACCCCAGUGACAAAACUAUACUCAAUAAACUGACGAACGAUGUGAAAAACAGAGUCGGACAAGUGUUCAACGAAGACUGGGACAAGAAGUUAGAAGAACUAGACACAGAAGACCAAUCACUGUGGAAAAUGACGACAGCACUAACUGGAAGGAAAAUGAAAGCGAAGAUUCCAGCACUCAAAAAGGGAAAUCAAGUAGCUGUCACUAAUGAAGAAAAGGCAGAAAUGUUUGCGGAAUCUCUGGAACAUCAAUUCAAGCCGAAUCAAAAAAUCAGCGACGACCAAUUCAACCAAUCAGUCGAAUUACAUGGAAAUAUUACAGACGAAGAUCACAAUGAAAUGGAAGAAGAUUCAACCGAAGUGACUGAAGAAGAAGUCGAAGAAAUUAUCAAAACUUCAAAAAAUAGAAAAGCACCUGGAAUAGACGGAAUACUCAAUCAAGCAAUUAAAAACUUACCAGGAGAAGCUCGAGAUGAAAUCGCUGUUGCCCAAGUGCCAAUAACCCCCACAACCGAUGCUGAGGUCGCGUCAUAUUCCGUCGCUGUGAAGAAGGGAGCCGUGCCAAAAGUUAUUAUACAUGAUAUACCAAGGAAUCCGAUAGAUUUGCUUGCCCUUUAUGCGGAUGACACAGGAAUAGCAGUCGAACACAGAAGAGCAAAUAUCAUACACCAAAGAUUACAAGAAGUAGCAGAUGAAAUAACCAAAUGGUGCAUUAAAUGA